AUGAGCACAAUUAUCCUCGGAUCGCAGUGGGGUGAUGAGGGCAAGGGAAAGCUAACCGACAUCCUUUGCUCUCAGGCCCAGAUAUGUGCGCGCGCCGCUGGCGGCCACAACGCCGGCCACUCCAUCAAGGCCAACGGUGUGUCAUACGACUUCCACCUCCUGCCCUCAGGCCUCGUCGCGCCUGGCUGCAUCAACCUCAUCGGCUCUGGCGUCGUCUUCCACGUGCCCUCAUUCUUCAAGGAAUUGUCCGACGUGGAGGCCAAGGGCAUCAAGGACGCCCGCUCUCGGAUCCUGGUCAGCGACCGGUGUCACAUCAACUUUGACCUACACGCUGCCGUGGACGGACUCGAGGAGAUUGAGCUCGGGAAGAAUGCUGUAGGCACCACCAAGAGGGGCAUUGGCCCAUGUUACAGUACCAAGGCGUCCAGGAGCGGCGUACGCCUUGCAGAGAUGUUUGACAAGGAGCUCUUCGAGCGCAAGCUGCGACAGCUGGAGGCUGGCUACAAGAAGCGCUAUGGCGACCUCUUGAAGUACGACGUCGAGGAGGAGAUCAAACGGUUCGACGAGUACCGAGUCAAAUUGCAGGACCAUGUCGUCGACGCCGUGGAAUUCAUGAACCACGCGCAGGAAACGAACAAGAAGAUCCUCGUCGAAGGAAGCCAGGCCCUGCUCCUGGACCUAGACUGGGGAACUUACCCAUACGUUACCAGCUCCAACACCUGCCUCGGCGGCAUCGUGUCCGGUCUCGCGCUCAAGAGAAGGAACAUCAAGGAGGUCAUUGGAGUCGUCAAGGCGUACACCACCCGGGUCGGAUCUGGCCCAUUCCCGACUGAGGAUCUGGGCGAAGUCGGAUCAAGCCUGCAGAAGCUGGGCGGCGAGAUCGGCGUGUCUACGGGCCGCAAGCGAAGGUGCGGAUGGCUGGAUCUCGUUGUCCUGAAGUACUCAUGUGCGAUCAAUGACUACGACUCACUCAACCUGAGCAAACUCGACGUGCUCGACACGUUCGACAAGAUCAAGAUUGCCAUCGCAUACAAGGACCCACAGACCGGGGAGCAAAUGCAGUCUUUCCCCGCAGACCCGGCCCUCCUGGACCGUGUCGAUGUGGUGUACCACGAAGUGCCGGGCUGGAAGACGAGCACGUCCAAGACGCGCGAGUGGUCGGAACUUCCCAAGGAGGCACGCGAAUACGUCGAAUACAUAGAGAAGUUCGUCGGUUGCAAGAUCAAGUGGAUUGGCACUGGUCCUGACCGUGACGACAUGAUCGUUAGAUAG